AUGACGCGUCUUCGAGAGCUACUCACGCAAUUGCAACCUCUCGACCUCAAUUAUGGCCGACCUCUGGAGGCAUUCACCGUGUUCCCCAAGCUACCACUUGAGCUCAAGAAGAAGAUCUGGAAGUACUUGAUAGAUGAGCCGAGAAUGAUCAGACUGCAUCAAGUGACAUGGGAAGAUGACAACCUGAGCAACCCUGUUAUGAUAAAAGGACUCCCCGUACCAGCUAUACUCCACGUUUGUCGCCAAGCCAGGAUCGAAGGACUCCCUCACUACGAGUUAAUCCAUCAAAACGGCUUGAAUAAGGAUGGUGAGGAUGAUCAACUUGAAGCAGCUCCAGCAAAAAUGCUAUACGUCAACUUCAAAGCGGACCAGUUCAUCUUAUACUCGGUUUCGAGCGAUGUGGGGUUUAUUGACAAGCUCAAUUUCGACAAAACUGUUCUCAAGAAGAUUCAACAUCCAGCCGUCUACUGUUAUGCUUGGAACCGCGGCAUGUCAGAUACUCAAUCGGCGCUGCUUAGAGCAAGACUGUUGGCAAGCAUAUUCCACACCUACAAGGCGAAGGAGUUGACUGUGAUUUAUCACAGGGCAUGGGCAUUGUCAAGGAUGGGAGAUUCGCUCGCUAGACAUCUGUUUCGUCGCACAGUUCUGGACAGUCUCCCCUCUCGAUUUGAGAUGCCUGCAGGAGAGAAAUGGUGGUGGGGCUGUCCGCAGACGAUCACAGACGACCUGAGCAUGCCUCUCAAUGUCUUGUGGGACGUUAUCGACGAUGAUGAUUUAUCUCCAUGGUACACGAUGGGAGAAACUGCCGUGUCCCACGGGCAGUGA